ACAUACAUGCAAAUUCUGCCAGAGUUUUUGUGUGCGACCCAUCACCAGCAUCCAAUGAACACAAGGACUCAUGUGUUGCUGCCCAGAGAAUACGCGAAUACUUAAAAAUGAGGAGAGCCUGCCACGGCAAUACCGACUGGGUGGACAUCCCUUGGAAAGGUGCUGUCAUGGCUCACCCAGUUCAGCAGGAUGGGUGCAGUUGUGGUGUCAUUGUUAUAAAAAUGGCCAUAGCAGUGAUGGAAGCUUUCCCAGACGUUCCGACAAUACAAUUCGACACAACAAAGAGAGCCAUGGCAGAAGCGAGAAGAUUUAUGGCUCUCCAAGUCCUCAAAGCGUCAGUCUUUGAAAAUGAAUGCGGCAUGUGUGGAACGGACAAGGCCCCUGGGAACGCGGCUUCUUACACAGACUGGAUCCAGUGCGACGCAUGUGACCGUUGGUUUCAUGCUCUUUGUCUCAACAUGGUGAAGGCAACAUUGGACAGCUUAAAAAAACAAAAAUGGCUUUGUGUUUUGUGUGAAUAAAUGUGUGUUGUGCUUUAGUGGUACCAUGUGGUUUAAACAUGUUGCAACGUU